AUCUUACAAAAUAUCUAAUUUUUGUAAGCUUCUUGGUGGUACGUCUGUGAGCGUGUCUUGACAUGAGAUCCUGAAUGUGCUUGUAUGCUAUGACAGACUAGGUGUGUCUGUUGAAAACUGUGGACUCCCUUCCCCUGCAAAAUACCUUCCUCUCUUUCACCAAACUCCGAAAAAGUCUUCACAAGCCGAAACUACUGCAAGAAUGCUCCCUUUCCAGGCAGCUCCAGGUCAGUUUGGUCCAGAGGUGAGGGAGCCAGGGCUGCACUGCUUUCGGGUGGAGAAGUUGAAGGCUGUCCUAUUGAAGCCUUCUGAGGUGGGAGCGUUCUUUAAUGGAGACUCCUAUCUGGUGCUGGAGCACAGGGGUGAUCAGGGAGUGGACCUACACAUGUGGAUAGGAGAGAAGUCGUCUCGUGAUGAGCAGGUUGCGUGUGCCAUGCUUGCUACCCAGCUGGAUAACUUUCUGGGUGGAGAACCAGUCCAGCACCGGCACGUCCAAGGCUACGAGUCGCCGGAGUUCAUGAAGCUCUUCCCCAGGGGGAUCAGCUAUAAGGAGGGUGGAGUGGAGUCUGGCUUCAGGAGACCACAGAGUGGUUCUGGUCCAGUUCAAAGGUUGUAUCACAUCAAAGGGAAGAAGAACAUCAGAGCUAAGGAGGUGGACCUGAGCUGGGACAGUUUCAACAAAGGGGACUGCUUCAUCCUCGACCUAGGAGAGACAAUCGUGUCCUGGGUGGGCUCUCAGGCCAACAUCUUUGAGAAGCAGAAGGUGCGAGAGAUUGCCACCCUGAUAAGAGACACAGAGAGACAUGGCAAAGCCCAGAUCACUCACAUCAAUGAGGGAGAGGAGACGCCAGAAAUGUUGAAGGUGCUUGGUCCAGUGCCAGAGCUUAAGGAGAACACUCCAGAGGAUGACAGCCAAGCAGAUGUAUCUAACUCUGCAUCUCUCUACAAGGUUUCAGACGCUACAGGCUCAAUGAAGCUGACCAAAGUCUCAGAGAAAACUCCAUUUGCCAAGGACCUGCUCGUACGUGAUGACUGCUUCAUCUUAGACAAUGGAGCCAAUGGCAAGAUCUUUGUUUGGAAAGGCAGUGGAGCAAAUGCAGACGAAAAGAGGGAAGCUCUCAAGAUGGCAGAUGAUUUCAUACAAAAAAUGAACUAUCCCAGGAUGAAAACUCAGGUGGAGAUUCUACCACAGGGCCGAGAGACGGUCAUCUUCAAGCAGUUCUUCCAAAACUGGAAUUGAAAACUUAAUAGGUGGUCAACUUCAGGGUACUUUUAAUUGCACAGUCAAUGGAAAAGAAAGAUCUGUUUUCAUGAUGUCACAGUGAUGCAGUAUUUUGUUAUCUAAACCCACCAUUUCAUUCUCACAGAGUACAAAGAUGUACAUCUUUAAGAAAUAACAGCAAAGGGCCAUGAGUAAUCAUGUCAGUAUUGCUAACAUAGUUAACAGGCUGGUUAAGUUACCCAAGGACCAAUGUUUUUUUGUUUUGUUUUUUUUCUCCCUCUUUUCUGCGUGACCAUACCUAACUCGGUCACAUUAAAUUCAACUCCUAAAGCAACUGCCAUUCUUAGUGAUGAGACUGAUAUGUGUUAUUUACCAGUGUUCAGGCCAAUUUAACAAAGCUUAUGGACAGUUGUGGGUUUUUUUUUUUGUUUUUUUUUACUAAUUUUGUUUGUUAAUAAUCAGUUUAUUGUUCUAAAAGUAAUUAAAUAAAAAUCACAAUGACUCAAGAAACCAAA